AUGCCAGCCAUACGAGCUCUGCCAGCUCUUGUUCGGGGCCAAUUCAAGACGGCCCAAGAGGCUGGAGAUCUCACCUUUUACUCAACCCAAGUCUCAAUCCUUUCUUGCAAUGGUCUUCCUUUUCAAAUCCGAUUUUCCCCUGCCCUCGCAAGUAAACCGAAGUCAAACAAACCGCGCAACGCUAAACUUGUAGACCCAUUUGAGAAUCCUCAAAAGGGCCUAUUUCUGGCUGAUUUGUCGCCCACUCACUACUUGGUCCUCAAUAAAUUCCCCGUUAUUCCAGACCAUUUCAUACUUGCAACCAAGAGAUUUCAAGAGCAAACGGAUCUCCUAGAGGAAGAAGAUAUUAGUGCUGCGUAUGAGUGUUUGAAAGCGUACCGGGCCCAAGGAGAAGAGUUAUUUGGAUUUUUCAAUUCUGGUGAACACUCAGGAGCAUCACAACCUCAUCGGCACAUCCAAUUCCUACCUGUUGAAUCAAUGCGCAAUGGUAUUGAUGAAGGGAUUUCCUGGAAUGUUCUGGCCGACAACCUCACAGGAAACCAAGACACAGCAGACCUACCUUUUACCUACUUUGUGUCGGAGAUCCCAGACGCAAACAUUGCGACUCCAAGCCAACUUCACAAAAUAUAUACAACACUGUACGAUAGGGCUCUAAAAGCAACCCAGAAAUUUGCUGAACGCCCAGGAAGUUCAUUCUCAUUGCUCGAAACCACAAGAAAAGGAGCAUCCCCAAUAAGCUACAAUAUUGGACUCACCGAUCGAAAAAUGGUCCUGUGCCCUCGUGUUUCAGAGGGUUCAAAGAUCAAGAGCAUAGAGGGCGAAGUUAUUGGCCCUAUCGCUCUCAAUGGCACUGUGCUUGGUGGUACACUUCUGGUUAAGAGCAACGAGGAAUGGCAGGCUCUACGAAACGAUGAAUCAAAACUUCAAGAAGUCCUUCAAGCUAUUGGCAUCCCUUCUCAAAAGAUUAGUCUUGGUGAACGACUUUGA